AUGUCAGAAGGAAGCGAAGGAGACAAGAUUCUGCGAGAUGCAGUACGUCAAAACCUAGACAAAUGGCUCCAGAAAUUAGAUUGUUCUGGGGAUGUUGAGAAAAAGCUGGCAUUCAAAAUGAGGUUUGUCGAGAAACUUCGUGAAUCGCCUGUUGCAGUGGAGACUGUGAGAGCGAACGAACAACAUUACGAAGUACCCACGGACUUCUUUAGGACGGUGCUUGGAAAGAGACUCAAGUAUAGUAGCUGCUACUGGCCACAAAAUAUCACAACACUGGAGGAAGCGGAAGACUCCAUGCUCAAGCUGGUUUGUCAAAGGGCUCAAGUAAAAGAUGGACAUUCAAUCAUGGACCUGGGAUGUGGUUGGGGGAGUCUAGCACUUUGGCUGUGUGAACAUUACCCUAACUGUACAGUGACCACGGUAUCUAACUCCAACACACAACGUGAGUGGAUUGAAUCAGAAGCUGGAAAGAAAGGUUUCAGCAGCAGAAUGACAUGCAUAACAUCAGAUGCUAAUGUAUUCAAUACUUCCUUGAGAUUUGACCGAAUCAUUUCCAUUGAAAUGUUUGAGCACAUGAAGAACUAUGAAGAGCUCAUGUGUCGCGUGGCCAGUUGGUUGAAACCGUCAGGCUACCUGUUUGUGCAGAUUUUAUGUCACCGAGAGUUCGCUUAUAACUUCAGUACUAAGAAGAGCUCAGACACGGAGUGGAUGGCACGGAACUUUUUCAGUGGAGGUACAAUGCCCUCUUCUGAUCUACUUCUGUAUUUUCAGAAGGAUUUGUGUAUUAAGCAGCACUGGCAGAUCAGUGGAAAUCAUUACGCUCGUACGUUAGAAGCCUGGCUUGUCAAGUUGGACCAGCAAGAAGCCACUGUGCGAGAUAUCUUCCUGCAAACCUAUGGCAGCGAUCAAGUGGAUCAGCAAGUUUUUAACUGGCGCAUGUUUUUUAUUUACUGUGCUGAAGUGUUUUCCUUUAGGGGUGGUAAUGAGUGGAUUGUGGCCCAGUAUCUUUUCCAAAAAAACCGCAUGCCUAGUAGCUUGUAGACAGAUGUAAGUGGGACUGGCUUUGGAACGACGGAGAUGAAUAACGCUAAAAGUUGUUAAUGUGCAGUAAACCGAGAGGUUUUCCACAAUAAAUGUAACGUUACCUUGGUACAUUAGGGGUAUGCGUCUGUUAUGGACAUCUUCAGAGUCUCUGCGUGUUUGAUGCGCGGUCUUUUGAAUU